AUGCGUGCGUUGAACAACGACGCUGUUGACGGCAAGCGUGGGGAUCCUCUCGGGGACCGAAUCGAGUUUCGUCGUCAACACUGUGUUUAUGAUCCCAGCAUCCAGUUUCGUGCUUAUCGACGGGUUGGAGGAGCGGUACCCACGAACGCGGGGAUCGCAAUCACACCCAAACGAGCGAGGGAGCAUGACGAUGAGCUCCAGCAGGCCAAAUUCAAACUCCGACAGCCACUACAAGCCAUCACAAGCCACUCUCCCAAGCCGGUAUGUAAAGUCUGGGCGCGCCGCAUCUCUGCGGCGCAGGAGGCGAUCGCCAGCCUUGCAUCAGACAUCCAUCCUACGUCGGCUGUCCUGCCGGUUUACAUGGACCUGACCAAAGAGCAGACAGUGAAGGAUGCGGCCGUCUUCGUCGCGGCAGCGUUGAAGGAGCGGGGCCUGUCUGGUCUGGAUGCUCUCGUUAACAACGCGGGGAUCCCCACCGGAACGGAUCUCGCCAUCUUCGCGACCAACGUCGUCGGCACACUGGCGGUAAAGAAUGCAUUCCGACCCCUGCUCAAGCAGGGCAGCCGGAUCGUCAAUGUAUCCUCGCUACUGGGCUCGCAGACCUUGAAUCAAGCACGACCCCGCGUCGUCCCGGUGGCGAUUUACACGACCUAUGCUGCCAGCAAGGCCGCGCUGAACAAUCUUGUACUCCAGUGGGCGUUUGAAGAGGAGGAGGCCAAGUCGGGCAUCCGCGUGAUGGCGCUCUGUCCCGGCCAUACCACAACUGCUGCAAAUGCAUUUUCCGAGCAUGGUGCUCCGCCAGAGAAAACUUGCAAGAUUAUCGUCGACUCAGCCAUGGGUACACCGGAGAAUGGAGCGUUUGUGGACGUCAAGGGUGCGACGAUACCUUGGUAGCACCCUAUAAAAGCUCGCUCGAGUCCAUUUGUGUUGAGAAAGAGACCCUGAGCAAACCCAGCAGCACGUAUCGAAAUGAGAGGAAAUGUCCCUUUGAUAAUCGAUUGAACCAAUGACGAUGUUCGAACCAGGAGAAAAUAUCAGGGCUUGCACGAGAAUUCUUCAUCAAGUUCUGCUGGCCAGUGCGGAUCCCGACCUGAUUUCUCGGUGAUAUCGCACUGUGUUGAGCGCUGAAGCUGUUC